CAGCCCUCACCAGCUCAGGAGCAUCUUGUGGCAGCUGCAGCCUGGCCCCAAGGGCUGGCUGGGCCCUGUCUCGGUGUGUGCUGGGGUGGGAGGGGGCUCUCGCUGCUCCUUUGUGGCUGGGCCAAAAGAACCGAAGGUGUCACGGCAGAGCUGGCCGGGGAAGUCCCAGCGAAGCCCGAGCCUGUGCAGAGGCAGAGAGGCCUCACACAAAAGAUCACAGAGGGCUGCAGGAAGCGCGCUGCCUCCAAAGCGGCAGCUCUGUUCCCCCAGGGACUGCAGCGACAGAGGAACAGCACGUACGAGGUUGGAGGGCUUCUGCCAAAGCAGAGCUGCGGGCUACGGCCGCGCCAGGGUGCCGAUCCUGCCCCCCACCGUAUCGCCGUCCACCACGUGGGAGCUGUUUAAAUCUGUUUCCCUCCGAACAAAGGAGCCAGAUGAGUCCUUACACUUGAAAGAAGCAGGUCGGGGCUGGUGUUGUUUCCUCCAAGAGUGCUGAGAGGCAAAUCCCUAGCGUAACAUAAAAACCCGGAAAAUAAUAGUAAUGAUGACUCAUUUGUCACCGUAUGUGACAUCUUCGCACCAAGCAGUGCUCCGGUGACCUGUUGCCAUGUUAUUAUUGUGCUCCACUUCUUGAAUGGAUUCCACGAGCUGCUUUGGGCUAUAUUUACCUUGUGGAGCGCGUGACGUCCUUUACAGCCGGCAGAAUACAGCCACGCACGUUGUCACCUCGGGACUCAGCAUCCUCAGAGCCGCAGGGACUGCAGAGUUUCACAAUGCCUGCCCCGAUGAUUGCUUUACAAGGGCGGCACAUCCAGGAAGGGGGGAUUGUUCGCAUGCCUGUCCAGGAUAUUUUCCAGUUGCUGUCCUGGAUUAUUUAGCACUUGCUGGAUGCCACAAAACCACUGUGCUCUGCUCGGGUUUGGAUGGUGAACACAACAUAACGCACGAGAGGUGUGCCCAAAAGGUAAGUAGCUAUUGAAUUAUAAUAUAGUUCCAUAAUCACUGCUGCUUUUAAGAUCCCCCGCUGCAGAACUCCCUUUUUUAGUGUCUGCAUCAGGGUUUAAUUCUUUCCAGACCCCGUAGCACUAACCCUGACCGCGCUAGCCCCGUGGCUAGCAGCCAGCUUGUGCUGAUCCACGGCGUUUGGCCAUCUCGGCACGCCAGGAAACGUUACACGGUGCCACGGGUGGCCGUCAGGAUUUUAUGAAACAGCCUCUUUGCUUUCGUGGGCCGGCCCGGGGGGGAAUUUUCUCGGUGUGGCAAUCCCCCCCCCCCCCCCCCCCCCCCGGGCGGUGUCCCAACGCUCUGUGGCAAUCCCCAGCCCUCGCUGGGGGCCGGGGCCAGCUCCGCGCUCGCCGCUCCCCGAACCCCAAAACCGGGACCGGGGCUUCGGGGAGGGGUCGGGGAACCGGGGACGGUUUGCGGGGAGGGUUGCGGGCACCGGGACCGUUCCUCCCCGUCCAAUCGCGGCCGCGCCGCGCACUCCCCGCCCCGCUCGCCCCAUGGGCACAAAAAGCCGGCGCUCGCCGCGCGGAGCGGCCGGGCUGCGGAGCAUCCCCCGGCGGGCAGCGGGGGCCGCUCCCGUCCGCUCGGUGCCGGUCCAAGCCCCGUCCCCGCCGAAGGGGGAUGGCCUCGGGGGCGGGCGGGAGCUGAGCGCGUCCCCGCGGAGCUCCCCGGAGACCGCGGAUGCCCCCCCGGGGCCGGGCGCUGCGGGGGGCUGCGGGCCGGGGCUCGCCGCGCCCCUCCGGCCCCCCGGGACCCGGGGGGAGGCUGCGGGGAGGCCCCCGAUGGGUGGUUCUCUGCGGGAAGCGCUGCCCCGUGGCUUCUCGGUAGCCGCGAGCCCCGGGGCGAGCACCUCGUCGCGGUGAAGGGUCGCGGCUCCUCGCCAUGGACACUCUGAAAACCACCUACAUCGUGCUGGAGCUCAUCAUCGCCGUGCUGUCCAUCGCCGGCAACGUGCUCGUGUGCUGGGCCGUGGCCAUCAACAGCACGUUGAAGAACGCCACCAACUAUUUCCUGGUGUCGCUGGCCGUGGCCGAUAUCGCCGUGGGCUUGCUGGCCAUCCCCUUCGCCAUCACCAUCAGCAUCGGCUUCCAGGUGGAUUUUCACAGCUGCCUCUUCUUCGCCUGCUUCGUGCUGGUGCUGACCCAAAGCUCCAUCUUCAGCUUGCUGGCGGUGGCCAUCGACAGGUACCUGGCCAUCAAGAUCCCGCUGAGGUAUAACAGUCUGGUGACUGGGAAGAGGGCGAGAGGCCUCAUCGCUGUGCUGUGGCUCCUGUCCUUCGCAAUCGGGCUGACUCCGCUUAUGGGCUGGAAUAAAGCCAUGAGCGGUUGUCCCAACUCCACCAACGAGACGGGGCCUGACACCGGGGCAGAACACCACGGCUGCUUCAUCUCCUGCCUUUUUGAGAACGUGGUGACUAUGAGCUACAUGGUGUACUUCAACUUCUUUGGCUGCGUGCUGCUUCCACUCGUCAUCAUGCUGGGAAUCUACAUUAAGAUAUUUAUUGUUGCCUGCAAACAGCUGCAUCAGAUCGAGCUGAUGGGCAACUCCCGGACCACACUGCAGAAGGAGGUCCACGCAGCCAAGUCUCUGGCCAUCAUCGUGGGACUUUUUGCCUUCUGUUGGCUGCCCCUGCACAUCUUGAACUGCAUCACUCACUUCCAUGAGGAGUUCUCCAAAUCCAAGCCCGAGUGGGUGAUGUACAUGGCCAUCAUCCUCUCGCAUGCCAACUCUGUCAUCAACCCCAUCAUCUAUGCCUACAGGAUCAGGGACUUCCGCUACACCUUCCGCAAAAUCAUUUCCAAGAUCCUGUGUAAGAAGGACGACUUCCCCAAGUGCACCACUGACAACAAGCAGCACCUGACUGUCACCAACGCUAACACUCCAGCAGCCCCUGGGGCCCUCUGACCUUGCACAGCCUGCUCCCGGGGCGUUGCAGCCUGGCCCUGACACUACUCCUCCCUGUGCCUAUGUGACGGUUACAGCCAGCUCCUCCGGGAGGGCUCACGAAUGACCACUCUGCAGUUACGCAGCUGUAUUUUUUUAUUUUUGUAAUUAACAUAGUGCCUCCUAGAGGGAUAACCUGACUGGGGAGCCUGAGUGCAGUUCACCCUCUACUGUAAAGGCAGGUUGCGUGAGCGCUGCUGGUCGCGUUGUACUUCCUUUCCAGGUCAGACGCUGACUGUGGAGGACCCACCUGCUGGGGGUGUUUCCCCGAUCGUGCUGCUCAUGUCAAGUCCUCGGAUUUUUUUAUUUUAAUUAUUUUUAUUAUUUUUUAAUCUCUUUAUUGAUAUAGGAGUAAUAAUGUUGUGUGUUUUUGGGUUGUUCAUA